AUGCCCGGCUGGCCCUGGGGGCUGCUGCUGGCCGCGGGCACGCUCUCGGCCGCGCUGAGCCCGGGGCCGCCGGCGCCCGCCGACCCCUGCCAUGACGAGGGGGGCGCGCCCCGCGGUUGCGUGCCCGGCCUGGUGAACGCGGCCUUGGGCCGCGAGGUGCUGGCGUCCAGCACGUGCGGGCGGCCGGCCACGCGGGCCUGCGACGCUUCGGACCCGCGGCGGGCACACCCCGCCGCCCUCCUGACCUCCGCAGGGGGCACCACAAGCCCGGUGUGUUGGCGUUCGGACUCGCUGACGCAAGUGCCCCUCAACGUGACCCUCACAGUGCCCCUCGGCAAGGCUUUUGAGCUGGUGUUCGUGAGCCUGCGCUUCUGUUCUGCACCCCCCACUUCGGUGGCCCUGCUCAAGUCGCAGGACCAUGGCCGAAGCUGGACCCCACUGGGCUUCUUCUCCUCCCGCUGUGGCCUGGACUAUGGCCGCGUGCCUGCCCCUGCCGAUGGCCCAGCUGGCCUGGGGCCCGAAGCCCUGUGCUUCCCUGAGCCCCAGGCCCAGCCUGAUGGGGGUGGCCUUCUGGCCUUCAGCGUGCAGGACGGCAGCCCGCCAGGCCUGGAUCUGGACAGCAGCCCGGUGCUCCAAGACUGGGUGACCGCCACAGACAUUCAAGUAGUGCUCACAAGGCCUACCAUGCUGGGGGACACGAGGGAUGCCAUGGCCAUGGUCCCUUACUCUUACUCAGCCACUGAGCUCCAGGUAGGCGGGCGCUGCAAGUGCAAUGGGCAUGCCGCCAGGUGCCUGCUGGACAGCCAGGGCCAUAUGAUCUGCGACUGCCGUCAUGGCACCGAGGGCCCCGACUGCGGCCGCUGCAAGCCCUUCUACUGCGACAGACCAUGGCAGCGGGCCACGGCCCGGGAAGCCCACGCCUGCCUUGCUUGCUCCUGCAAUGGCCAUGCCCGCCGCUGCCGCUUCAACAUGGAGCUGUACCGACUGUCUGGCCGCCGCAGUGGAGGUGUCUGCCUCAACUGCCGGCAUAAUACCGCCGGCCGGCACUGCCACUACUGCCAGGAGGGCUUCUAUCGAGAUCCAGGCCGUGCCCUGAGUGACCGCCGCGCUUGUAGGGCCUGUGACUGUCACCCUGUUGGUGCUGCUGGCAAAACCUGCAACCAGACCACAGGCCAGUGUCCCUGCAAGGAUGGCGUAACUGGCCUCACCUGCAACCGCUGUGCCCCUGGCUUCCAGCAGAGCCGCUCUCCAGUGGCACCCUGCGUUAAGACCCCUGUCCCUGGACCCACUGAGGAGAGCAGCCCUGUGGAGCCCCAGGACUGCGACUUGCACUGCAAACCUGCCCGUGGCAGCUACCGCAUCAGCUUGAAGAAGUUCUGCAGGAAGGACUACGCGGUGCAGGUGGCUGUGCGCGCGCGCGGCGAGGCGCGCGGCUCCUGGACCCGCUUCCCGGUGGCCGUGCUCGCCGUGUUCCGGAGCGGCGAGGAGCGCGCGCGGCGCGGGAGCAGCGUGCUGUGGGUGCCGGCGCGGGACGCCGCCUGCGGCUGCCCGCGCCUGCUACCCGACCGCCGCUACCUGCUGCUGGGGGGCGGGCCGGGGGCCGCGGCCGGGGGUCCCGAGGGCCGGGGGCCCGGGCUCAGCGCCGCCCGCGGGAGCCUCGUGUUGCCCUGGCGGGAUGCGUGGACUAGGCGCCUUCGGAGGCUUCAGAGGCGCGAGCGGCGGGGGCGCUGCGGGGCGGCCUGAGCCCGCGGGCCGGGCGGGGGCCGGGCGGGGCGCUUCUCACACAUCAAGGCACACGUUCAUCCAGUG